GCAUUUCCGACGUUGAGGCGUCGAUUCAUCCGCGGAUCCGACACGGAAUCCAUCGGAACUGCUUCUGAAACUGAUGCCAACCAAACGACCUGGAUAAUUCUUCUCGAUGCUCUUCCAUUCGUAUGCUCGCUUCCAUGCUACAAUUAAAGAACGGAAGUCGGAAAUUUGUGCUCAAUUUAACAAUAGAAACUGUGAAUCUCGUCGUAAUCCCAGUUUUUAUCGUCAUCGUCAAGUAGCCGGGACAGUUGCACCGAAAUCGCCUCUAAUUCAUUAUAGUCAUCACACUGGAGAUGGAUGCAAUUCCAAUUUUUAAAUUGGGCAAAUCAGGAUAAUGUGAUCGACGAGGCUCCACCACUAAACACGCCCACGUGGACUGUGCUAUUCGUCAACUGGACGAUUAUUCAUCACCGGCUUCAACAAUCACCGACUCCUGCCGCCUCGUGGCCUCGAAACGU